AAUUUCUGCAUCGCUACCUUCCCCUCUUCUGCAACAUGGCGAUCCAAAUCCUCUCCGACUUACAUCUCGAGGCUCCAAAAGCCUACGAUCUCUUUGAGAUCAUACCCAAGGCGCCGAUCCUAGCCCUGCUUGGCGACAUCGGCAACAUCAAGGCGCAUAAGGCGGAGUGCAUCGCCUUUCUCACCCAGCAACUCCACAACUUUCGCACCGUCCUGUUCGUGCCGGGAAACCAUGAAGCCUACCACUCCAACUGGCCCGAGACCCUUGAAAUUCUCCGCGGCUUUGAAGAAGUCCACAAGGACGCCUCGCUAGGCGAGUUCGUGCUACUAAACCGCACAAUAUUCCGGGUCCCCGACACCAAUACGGUCAUCCUAGGCUGUAGUCUCUUCUCCCACGUACCGCCCGAGAGCCGAGACCACGUCAGCAUGGGACUGAACGACUUUUUUCAAACUGAUAACUGGGAUAUAGACGCCCACAACGAGGCUCACAAACGAGACGUCGCAUGGCUCAACGCGCAAGUCGCGGAGCUUGAAAACUCAGAUGUCAACAUCGUAAUCUUCUCACAUUGGGCCCCCUCAAGAGACGAUCGUGCGAUAGAUCCCAGACACGCUACGAGCCCGAUCACUCCCGGCUUCGCCACAAAUCUAUCAGGGGAAACGUGCUUCAAGAGUGGAAAGGUCAAGGUUUGGGCUUUCGGCCAUACCCAUUUUAAUUGCGACUUUGCGGUUGAACGGGAGGAGGGCGCUGCACCAUUAAGGCUGCUUACGAACCAGAGGGGUUACUACUUUUCCCAAGCUGUGGGCUUUGGCGCAGAUAAGCUUCUAGAGGUAUAAGUGGGAUAUCUACGUAGACGGCACAAGGUCGGCCUCGUCAACUUAGACAGACUAGAUAUAUUAGAGGAUGUGCCCGGGGCAGAGGAAUAAUCAUAUCUAACAUCCGACCUAACAGCA